AUGACUACUUUUCCUGUUCCUACUCCUAUUCCUUCUCCACCACCGUCUUCUACAACCAGCCUAUAUUCAUUAUCAGAACGAAUCAACAUUGCCACACGCUCUACCCACAGUCAAUUAAACAGACUAGUACGUCUGCGCCUCUGCUUGGCCCUCCCUCCCUAUAGUCCGGACCCUUCCACCUACAUCUCCGGUCUCCUGCACAUUGCGCCCAUCUAUACAACCUUCGAGUCCAUAUGGCAAUCAAUCCUCGAUGCGCCGUACCUGCCCCUGACCCUUAAAGAAAGUCCUGUCCACAAUGCCUCCAAGCCCGAUUAUCCAUCUACAGAUUCCAGGAGCAUACAUCGCCUACCCACCCGGAACAUCCCACCAGCCGGUGACGCAGGGAGUGUCUGCUCGCGAACCCGAACCCUCCUCUCCUACCUCAGACUGCCUGGUCUCCUCCGCUCGGGAAGACUGCGAGCCGAUAUCCGCAUACUGACCGGCGCGCCUGAACAUCAGAUCGACGAGGGAUUAGAGGCCGUUGCGCAAAAUGGCGAGUUGGCGGCGUUCAUCACUCAUAUGAAGCAGUCGGCUGAGAAGAAUCCCCACGUGUUGGUAGCGUAUGCUUGGGUUCUAUACAUGGCUCUGUUCUCCGGCGGGAGACAUAUUCGAGCCUCGUUGCAAGUAGCCGGUGGAUUGGGAGGGGAUUUCUGGACCAUCGAUCCCUGGCCCACCCAGGUCUCGCGAGACGCAACUUCCAGACCAGAUAUCCCAUCCAGCUUCAGCCAUCACCGCCCAAGACAACGUCAAUCCCGGUCCCACUCAACAAGUUGCUCGGACGGCCAGGUCUCCACGCUAGUUCCCGGCUUGCAAUUCUUUACUUUCCUAGGCGAUGAAGACGGCGAGGAUCUCAAGCUGGAAUUCCAGCAGCGCCUCGCCAAAGCAGAGACCCUGCUCACCGACCCCGAGAAAGAAGACAUCAUCCAGGAAGCGCAAGGAAUCUUCGACUCCAUGAUCCGGAUGGUGUACGAGCUGGAUAGAGUAAUGGGCACCAAUGAAGAUGAUCUCGCGACCGCGCGACUCCAACUCCAACACAAGACCCUGGCGAGCAGCCGCGAUAGCGUAAUCCUCGCCCAGGAACGCCUCUCUAAGAAGACUCGCGCUCGCACGCUAAGGGAAAACUCAAGCCAGGAGCGUAGUAGCAAAGGCGGCUGGCUUGAUAGCUUCGCGGGCCCGGUGACUAGGACCCUAGAUGCGCUGACGAGACCGCGACUCAAACGCAGUCUUUCGACAGAGGGAUCGCAAGCGCAUGUCUCGUUCAACCCGGUGGUGGAAGAGAGAGAUAUCUGAGGAGUGUGGAAUGGCUUGUUUUCUUGGGGUCGUGUCUGCUGUGGAUGGGACUUACCUAGAGGCUGUGGAUAAUGUGUGAUGAAUGAAUGGUGACUUUCUCACAUAACAGCUACGCGGGGAUUUGGACAUGAGAAAACUUCA